AUCAUGGACAAGGAGGAGUGCCGGAAGAGUUCACUCUGCCGCCGGGAGCUGAUCGAGAUAAUCCGGGAUAGCAAGGUGAAGAACAGUCUUAGGAAACUCCUGGAAAAUUCACCAAAGCAUCGCCACCGGUCGCACACGAUUUCGGCCUGCGUCAACGGAGAUCAAGAGCAGCAGUGCACCAUGAUCAGUGCCGACCAAACGCAUGUGGUUGCCGCCCACAACGAGACUAACCUGUGCGGUUACGAUUCCUAUCUGCACCAGACGAUCUGUGCGGCGGUUGCUUCGGCAAAGCAUGUGACCUUGCAUGGUGAAGGAACAACGCCUCGCAGUCACCAACCGUACCUAGCAAUACCCGAUCUAAUGCCUCAUCAGCUCGGCGACCAAAAAGAACAUCCGGAUGCACCACACGACCGCACUGCCAACGGCAGCCUCCGAGAGGCCGUCACCCACAUCCGGGACAUAUUCGCCUACGACAACAGUCGUUACCAAGACGAGGAAUCUGAUGAUCGUGCGAUGUAG